CCACAAAGAGAGGAACUGUAACUGGGAUUUUUGGUACUGUAACUGGGAUUUUUUUCUAUGGAGUUUUUGGUACUUUAACUGGGUGUUAUGGUACUGAAACUGGGAUUUUUGCUGCUGAAACUGGGAUUUUUAGAUGGGUGAGAGUUAAAUAUAAAGCACAGUUCUGUUUUCUGCACCAGUGGCUCAAUCAGAAACCAAACCCAGACGAGAGGAGUUGAGCCCCACUACAAACCUGGUGGGAUUAUUAAUGACACUGAGGUGCAGGAAUGUUGAGAAGUAAGAGUGAUGAGGAGCUGGGCUGGAUGUUGGAUGAUUAUGGGAUUAAACACGGUCCUGUAGUUGGAAGCACCAGAGCUCUUUAUGAGAGGAAGCUCAGAGAUGUGAUGGCUAAAGAGAGAAAGAUUAAAGCUCCAGCUGAGAGAAGCUUCUGUCGAGGUGACGAGGAGGAAAUGAUUUACACUAACCAUUCAAAAACUAACAAACUGACCAGAGAGAGAGCUGAAUACAGGGGAGUUUCAGCUAACAGGUUUUAUACCAGAGACGAGGACGAUGAUGAUGAUCCGAUCAGGUACCAGCUGCAAGACUUGAGCGCAUCACCGGGACGACACUCAGCACACCAGUACAGCCCAAUGAAACCACAGAUCAAACCAGCUCCCAGUUCAGAGAGAGCCGCCCCACUGUGGCUGCAGAUCCUGCUCUUCAUCAUCGUGGUGCUCAUCAUGGCUCUCAUCUUCAUAUACAUGGAACCAUCAGUCACACAACCUUUCAAAAGACUCACAUAGCAAACUGAUUUUAAUGGUUUUAAUGGUGCCACUGGUUACUUUUAAUAUAAAAACGUUUUGAUUUGUCAUGUGUCUUUAAUACUGUGUUACUGAUACAGGGAGUGUUUAUAACGAUAAUCAGUAUUACCAUACAUCACAAUAUUCUACUCAAACUGUAAUGAUAUCUGAAGCAGCUUUUGUGGAACCAGCACCAGUUUUAAAGGCUGGAAAUUUAGAAAACCAGUAACAUUAACCAGUACAAAGAGAUUGUGAUCCAAUGAUGUAAUACAUUUAUAAAUAAAUUGUUAUAAAAAUU